CACGGCUUCUAGACCUUUUUCUGGCAUUUUUUUACGGCGCCCCGUUUUCACGAGCUGUCCUGGGCGGUGUACGCCCUCGCUGUCUGCCGCGGUGUGAAGCAUCUGACUUGAGCUGCGCAAUUAAAACCGAAUUUUAAAUGAGCUCGAUUGCGCACAUUUCAGAUCCUUCGGGAGUGGCAGGAAUCCUAGCUGUGCUGUCCUGUGGAACCCACCUGACUGACCUUCUCCCAGGCUUGGCUUCUGGAGUCUGAUUUUCUUGGCCAUGGCUACUUCUGACAUCCAGGUGAAGGAGCUGGAGAAGCGAGCCUCUGGGCAGGCCUUUGAGCUGAUCCUCAGCCCCCGCUCCAAAGAGGCCGUGGCAGAGUUCCCUCUGUCUCCCCCCAAGAAGAAGGAUGUGUCCCUGGAGGAGAUCCAGAAGAAGCUGGAAGCGGCCGAGGAGAGACGCAAGUCCCACGAGGCAGAAGUGCUGAAGCAGCUGGCGGAGAAGCGGGAGCACGAGAAGGAGGUGCUGCAGAAAGCCAUCGAGGAGAACAACAACUUCAGCAAAAUGGCAGAGGAGAAGCUGACCCACAAAAUGGAAGCCAACAAAGAGAACCGUGAGGCACAAAUGGCUGCCAAGCUGGAGCGCUUGCGGGAGAAGGACAAGCACGUGGAAGAGGUUCGAAAGAACAAAGAAGGCAAAGACCCCGGCGAGGCCGAGACCGACUGACUCCGUUCUGGAAACUGACUCUCCCCCUCCUCCCGACAUCCAAAGACUGUACUGGCCAGUGGUUUUAUCUUUGCUUUUGGUUCGGUUAUAUAUAUAUUUUUUUUUUACGUUCCUUAGAAACUGAUGUAGAACUGUAAAAUUAGAUCCAAACUGUACACUUGCUUUGGGGGCUAGAGGGGAGACCUUCCAUGUGUCACUUUUCUAAAGUGUUGUCUUUCCAGUGUAGCUUUUUCUUCUUGUUGCAUCCUUUUCUACGCCAGCGCGCUCGCUCCCGGGUUGAUGGCGAGUACUGUAUCAGCUCUGUAAGACCUUUGUGCAAGGAAUCUCUAGUAACUGUUCCAUGCUGAAUAUCUGUUACACUUCAAACAAAAAUCUGACUGUCCAGUCUGCUCCGAUCCUGCUGUACCGAGUGACUCAAUAAAGCUGCACAGUGCUGUUA